GCUCUCUGUUUGGAAACUUAGAAAAGAGCAGACUGCAGAGAAAGACAGGGGGAGAGAAACCCAACAGAAAACAGAAAAAAACCCCUAAAAAUACAGAUAGCCAGUUAUCCCACAGGUUAAGGAGAUAGUAUAUUACUGUCAGUGCUAGAAUGGCUGGAUUGUGGCGUUGCAUGCUGGUGGUGGUGCUGUUGAUGUGUGUGUGUCUGUGGGAUUCCACCGAGGCCGUAGGGGGGGCUAAGAGCCGACCCCGGCCGCAAAAACGACCUCCUAAGAAGCCGAAGGUCGACCCUAUUGACCUGGCCCAACCCGCACAGAACAUAGAUCUACAACAGAUGACAGGAACGUGGUACCUCCUGAACACGGCCUCCAAAUGCUCCUACCUGAUAAAUCACGGCACCAAGGUGGAGCCAACAGUCAUGACCCUGACACGUCCCGCUGGUUCUAACCAAAUGCUGUCUGUUAGCACCAAAACACGGCAUAAUCACCAGUGUUGGGAGAUAUUGCAGGUCUACCAUCUAACUCCGACCUCAGGACGGCUAACGCUUAAAGGAGCUCGUCCUGAGUUGAACAUAGACAUAGUGAUCGCUGAGACAGACUACACCUCCUACGCGAUCAUGUACUACCAGAAACACGGCAAGAUCACACUGAAGCUCUAUAGCAGAUCUGUAGACGAUCUAUCAGAGCCAAUGUUGACCAAGUUUGAAGAGCUUGCUGAAAAACAAGGCUUGGGACUGGCCUACCUGUUCCCCUUCCCCACGUACAGCCAUUGUGGUGCUGUGGACCGAGAUCAUAUAAUCAACUGUGUCCCCACAUGUUGAAGAGGUGGAGCUGCACAAUGGGCCACAGAGGGAAUGUUGCCGAAAGAACGAACCAGUGCAUUAAACUUGUGGAAAAACCUUUAAAAUGGUUGCAGAAAAAUAAAACAACAACAUGAAAUCUAA